CAUUGACCGGCUUCCUUCUGAUGAUCAAAGUAUCUAUUUCAUAUCAUCCCUAAAAUUGCGUUGCACGCAGCCAAGUGUAAUUGCAAAAUAGAAAUUGUGUCCUGUCGAAGUGGGAGUCAAUACCUAGUGUCAGCAGGCUGUGGUGACAUCAAACAGGAAGCUUGUGUCAGUCUUAGCGCGAGAGACUCGCGACGUUUAUCCACCUAUAGACCGGCCCAAUUCUCAUAUAAACUAUCUUCUUCCUCCAGGCCGAGACUGCUCGAGCACCUACUGCACACAAACAAACUUCUCUGUUUCUGAGUCCGAAUCUUAACAAACACGGACGCAACCCCACGCCAUGUCAUCCCCCGAUGAGGGCCAAUUGUACAAGCCCUACGACCAGUUUAUUCUAUUCGGAGACUCGAUCACGCAGCUGUCUUCGAAUCAGGAGCAAGGGUUUGGGUUCCAUCCCGCGUUGCAGGAUGCUUACUCGAGGACUUUGGAUGUAAUAAAUCGCGGAUUCGGCGGGUAUACCACUGCGCACGCUGUCAAGGUGUUUCCGAAGUUCUUCCCCAAACCAGAGACAGCCUCUGUUCGGUUUCUGACAAUCUGGUUCGGCGCGAACGAUGCAUCGCUCCUCGAAUCCAACAACAACCAACAUGUCCCAUUGGACGUCUACAAGAAGAACCUGGUUGGGAUCGUUCAACACCCUGCAACGGUGGCCCAAAAGCCGCGCAUCCUGAUUAUUGCGCCGACGCCCAUUAAUGAAUACCAACUGCAAGGUUUUGAUGAGGACAAAGGCAACAUUCACCCCACGCGGACGAACAGGCGCGCGAGGGAGUAUGCAAAGGCUGCCCGUGAGGUCGGAGACUCUUUGAAUGUUCCGGUCGUUGACCUAUGGGCAGCUUUCAUGGCGGCGGUCGGUUGGAAGGAGGGGCAGCCUCUUAUUGGGUCUAGGGAAACACCGAAUGAUGCGAAGUUCGCAAGUUUAUUCACGGAUGGUUCGUGUUUCCCCUUUCCCAACUUGCGCCUGUGAAGUGUACGGUAGCGGGAAACUAACUUGCGAGUGAAGGGUUGCAUCUGACCGCCGAUGGUUAUCGUAUUGUAUACGACGAGGUCAUCAAGGCUAUUCAAACAAAUUGGCCUGACCAAGCACCAGGGAAGCUUCCUCAAGUGUUCCCGCCGUGGAUGGAGGCUCCGAACUGAUCGGGUGGCUGCUGGGGAAGCUCUGCUGCAGAUAGCAUUUAGCUAAAACUGGGAUAGAAGUAUUUAGAGAUUGUGAAUGGAAAGAGGAAUAUCUCCGAGUUAAAGAUAGAAUUCAAAAGCGGUCUAGAAUCGGAUUGCUUCCGCCAAGGCUGUGAUGCAGUGUCGAUGUUACGAUCC